UAUGACUUCGUCACAUGACCCUAUUAUUUUGUCCCCGUGAUCAAGUUGAGAAAAUUCAAAAAUAAUUACGCGCAAUGGCCAAAGUGGAAAUUGACAUUGAUAUGCAUGACAAUUCUCUCGAAAACAGUGGAGACGGUGAACUUAUGGGCAUGGUAGACGAGGGAUCUUUCGGGAGUGCUGAGGAUCGGUCUCAAUUAGUGGCUCAGUCAUUAUUCGAUUCCAACGUGGACGCCACUACAUAUAACUUCAGAGAUUUAUCUGGCGGUGUAACAUACAAGUUAGUCCAAAUGACAUCCACUGAAGAGUCCACCAAUAACAUAGCAGCCCAUUCACCAACACAUGUCCUUCCAGAUGGCGAAUUUUUUGUAAUAAGCAACCCAGUGGAGGUGUUUGGGACUGGCACAGCACAAAAGAAAACUAUCCGCACGGAACGGCUACAGGCAAAAGCAGUUACCGCUAAAAAACGAGACGACAAAAGGCGAGCAACACACAACGAGGUAGAGAGGCGCCGGAGAGACAAAAUCAACAAUUGGAUCACAAAGCUGGCUGCCCUGGUGCCCAACUCAGGUCUGCCCGACACAGCGAGCAAGGGCGGCAUUCUGGCCAAGGCUUGUGAUCACAUCACGGACCUUACGGAGAAGCAGAAGAGAUUAGAAAAGUUAGAAGUAGAACACGAAAAGCUGGUUCUAGAAAUAUUAAGGCUCAACCAAGAGCUAACCGAGCUUCGGAAAGAAAACGUGACGAUGCGGAAUCAACUGGCAGACAACUGCGUGGUGCCGCGGCCGAAGGCGCAGAAGCCUUAGCUGAAGCCCUAAACUGUGCUGGUUUACAACUGAACAUAGGACCUCUAUCUCCGCGUUAUGAAGCGUUUACGACCGCGGUCACCACACAUAGGCGCUCUGAGACUAGUGGGAGAAGUAAGUGCAGAAAUGUUAGGAGCAGAAUGCACAUUUAUCUCAGGCAAUGCCGCUUGGGACGACUGUUCCUUGGCUCCAUACUUAAUUGAUCUAAUGCCCUAUCCACGAGAUCAGCUGUUGGCUACCCCCCAAAAAGGAAGAGAGGAAAGGCGGUCCAGUUUGCGCUGUUUCUACCUAUAUGUAGCUGCCCGGUCAAGUUUGAUAUCAUUUUCGAAUAAAUCAAAGACUUGAGACAAAAGCGCAAAAGAUUGUACAGCCUCAGUGCAAGCGUCCAAGGGGUUUGAGCAGCGUCCACUGACCCUCGCCUACGUUUGCAUUGUUAAACAUGGAUGCCAUGCCGCAUGCUUUGCUGGUCGCCCCGCUCGAGCGCACUAUACUAAUAAGAACACUAUACGUAGCAUAGGACUCAGCAUACUACACCGUUUCAUACUAGUACCGUCACGUUGUGGUAUUCAAAAUUACCUUUACACACUAUUCUCUUGACAAGAAAGUGUUCAGAUCAUUUUUGAUAUUUGUAAUUAACAUUGGUACAGACGCUACUAAAAUUCUAGGCCUGUGAGUGCAAAUGUUUAGUGAUCGCGAUUAUUAUUAUAUGCUCCAUUUGUAAGUGAUUUGUGGAACUGAGGUGACUGUGUAAACUCUUGGUGCUGGAAUGUGUGUGUGUUCAAUUCAAAAUAUGAAUAGUGACGAUGUAUAUUUGAACGUUUCGGCAACAGUGUGCAUGUUGUAAGUUAUAUUAUCUUUACUUUUAAGUGUUUAAAAUAAUGUAAGCUAAGAAAACGACAGCCAGAAUAAAAGUUGACUGCAGUGACCUUUAAACCUAUAACAGAGACAGUGAACAUUCUUACUUAACUAUGUAUAUUUUAACAUAUACCAUUAAGGAAUGUGUCACGCGGUUUUACUUGGAUACAUUAUUUGAAAUUACUAAAGUACAGAUGUUAUUGAGAACCAAAUAUGAAGUUUCUGUAAAUAUUAGUUACAAGCACUGACUGCCUGAUAUUCUAAAUUAAAUAAUCGUAUGUAUAUUCCAGUUUGUCUGUGUUAACUCACUAACGUUUUGCAAGAGAAACUUUAUUUCCAAAUAAUAAUAAGUAAUAAAUACCAGUCAGAUAUUUUUAGGAGCAGUAUGAUUUAUUGCCAACAUAUGACCAAUAUAAAUUUUAAUAUGUAAGACCAACAACAUGAUUGACAUUAAAUUUAUUUAUGACCUGAGUAUAAAGUAUCUUACUUUUUCUUAAUGUUUAGUUUACCGGCAGUGCAGCUAGUAAGUAAACUUAUCUUUUAAUCAUGUCUUAAGUAUAAUUAUUAAACACGCAGUGAAAACUAGGUAUAGCUGUACCAUAUUGACAAAAUAUUAUUGUUCUAGCAAUUGAUUUAUAGUUACUAUUUGUAUGUAGUUGGUGUAAAAUUAUGUGUUCUCGUUUUAUUUGUUUUAUCAUGCAAAAUUGCAUUAAGUGUUAGUUUAUGUUAUAGAAAUAUUUUGUUUUCAAUUUAUUUAUCAAAUCAAGACUUUUAUGUUAUUGCAUAUUAUGUGAAAUGUAAUACUC